CCGGCAUAUUUAGCAUGUGCCUUAGCAACAACUAUGGGUCAACCCAUGCCAUGUGAGGAAAAUUAGGUAGACAAUGUCCGUGUAUACCUAAUGUAUAAGUUGAGAAUACAUGACCCAAGUUGAUAACAGUGUUUCCAACACUGAAGUGGCUAUAUCCUAUAUCCUGUAAAAAAUAUUUGGAUAAGAAUAAUUAAUAAGUAAAUUCACAAUGCAUCCGUUUGUGUAGGCUUUCAAGGUAUCUUCCUUGGAGUUUUGUUUGGUGUAAUUUAGUCAAUUUGUUUUGCACUUUGUGACUAUGUAAACUAACUUUAAAUGAAUAGGAAAGAAAAAACAAAAAAAAAAUUAUAUAAUUGUAACAACAACCAAUAAAAUGUAGUAAUAGACAGCACCAAUUGGACUUUAUUGCCGAUACACUCCAUGAUGAUGUCACACCCUUUAAAGACAAAGACAUCUCAUCAGAAUUGACAUCUCAUUCGAUGUUAGAAGAUGCACUGUUGGACUGUUUUCAUUUUCUUCACAAGGAAGGCUUGCCAGAAUACAAUAUGAAAAUAUUUUUAAAGUUCUUCUUCAACCUUCUUAAAGAGACUGUGUUCGCAGAGCUUUCCAUCGAUGAAGCUGUUGCUUUGUUUCGAACAAAGAUGAACGAACUGUGCGCUUCUGGCCAUUUUAAGUCGGACUUUUUAAAAUCAAGCAUCGAUUACAUUUGCUUAACCGUGAUACAACACUAUCACCUGUUUGUUUAUGCUUUGUGUUACCAACGCGACGAGCAAGUACAUGUUUACGAAGCUCUCGUAGAAGUACCACCACGUGGUAUUGCACCACUGUCAGCAAGUACUCCUGCGGAUGUAUGGACGCGUCAGCAGAAAAUCAAGGAGGAAGAUUUCAAGUUCUUAGCUCAAGAACAGAUGCUGAACGCUACCUUAUGCAGCACCACUGAAACAACUGUUAAAGAACUUGAAUCGUAUAUGAAGUCAUUAGAAGAACUUUGCUCAGACACAGUCACAGUCAAUGAAAUUUCCGAGAUUGUAAACUCAAUCAUUAAAAAACACGGCGAUUUAACGGCAGCCGAACUGGAUUGCGCUUUGGAACGGAGUAAGCGCCUGGUCAUGCUAGAGCACGAGAAGAAGAAACUAACGAAUAAUGCUUUAGGAAAAUGUUCGCAGAUGAAGACUGCUUCAAUAAGUAGAUCCAAAUCACCAGCAUCGAAUCGUAAAGUCCGUUGAAGUUUUGUUAUACAUGUGUAGACUAUCUAUAGUUGUAAGGAGUAAGGAGAGGAAACCACCGCAAGUUCUGUACUUGUACUCCUACUUCUGUAUUUUUUUUACUUGUAUUCGAAAAGUUAAUUUUAACAAAAAAAAAAAUUGAACAAAGAAAGGUCUAUUUUGAACAAGGAUAGGUUAGGGUUAGGGAUUUGAACAAAGAAAGGUCUUUUGGUGAUUCGCAAAAGUUAAUGGUCACGAUUUGUUCCAUUUACAGUAGUUUCUGUCUGCGUGUUUCUUUUUCUGAUGCAAAUAUUAUUCGCCACUCAUUGACGGCUAGAGUGUAUUUUAUCGUACUAUCAACCUUGUGUCUUUAGCUUGUACAACGACAUGGUGUUUAAUCAAAAAGUUACGAUGUUUGAUGUAAAUAAAGUUAAAUAAUAUAUGUUAAUUUAUUCCUUUAUGUAAAUAUAAAAUAUAUGUAUAUGUUUUCAAGUUUAUAAUCCAAAUAUGUGUUAUAUUAAAUCAGAAACUGCGUAUUGUCAUUUUAACCCAAGUGGAGGAAUGUUCUACAAAUUUGCUACUAAUCAAUGUUUUGUUACAAAAAUGCUCAAAAGAAUAUCUGGUGAUGGCUUGAUAACAUUUGACCUUAAAAAGGGUGCAAUUUUGAUUAUUUUAAAUUUUAGCACUAAUGUUCUUUGUGAAGAUUGAUAAAAUACAUCGACUUACGCAACAAAAAAUAUUGCGUAAGUGGAUUCUUCCUCUAGUUUAUUAACUACUAACUAACUGUUUAUUUCCAAUAAGUGUAUUUUAUCUGCAGUUUUUGUCUUGUGUUUCUUAAUAAUUUUCUGUUAAGCUUAUUAUCUUGAUCAUUAUCUUAAACCAUUUUCUUGACUCCCUUAAGUCAUUUUCUUGAGUUCUUGAGUCCUUUAAACUUUCGUUGCAACUUUCUUAUAAAAAAUUACGGUUAACUCGAACCUCGGAUAAACCUAACAUUCUUUAACUCGACCCAUUCUUCGUCACCCUAAGGCUAAAUUCUUCGGAUAAUUCGAACUUUUCACUCGAGGAAGGGUAAUUAAAGACUUUUACAGCCCCUGUGGUUUAUUUUUUUAUAUUGUGAUGGCGAGGUAACAGGUGUGUCGGGAAUGAGGUUGCUCUUGAAUAAUUUUACAGGGACAGGGUGACCACUCCUCCUUAAAUUCCUUAAAUAACCUUAAAAAAAGUCUACUCAAAAGUACUUAAAAAAAUUUAAGCUAUUCUCCUUAAUUUCUCCUUGUUUCUUAAUUUUUCUGAUCGUAACUUUUUUGGAAAUGUGUUUGUGGAUUGUUCAACACUAUUGAAUUACCUGAAAUUCUAUAUUUUCUAUCUUUCGGGGCACAAUUUAUAUGUAUAUUGGUAUAAUAUGUAUAAUUUUCUCAUCAUAGAAUAUAGUAUGUAACACAAAAAGAUAAAGAACUAAAAUUGGUUUUUCCCUUAAUUAUCCUUAUUUUUUUUUUUUUUAAAUUCUCGUUCGCAGCAAAAUAUCCUUAAAAAAUGUCAAUUUGUCUCCUUAAUUCUCCUUAAUCUCCUUACUUUUAUUUUCAUUUUAUUAGUGGUCACCCUGGGGGAAGAAGAUAUCGCUUUAAUGUAACCAGUGGUGCAUAUUUUGACAAAUGGUGUACACUGAUUUUCGCAUUUUUUAACAGAGUUUAAGUUAGUUUUCGAUUUUUUCAAAAUUUAUUUAAAAAAACAUAUUUUUAAAAAGUGACUGCCAGGUUUAUAAAAUGUGCGACGCGAUCAAGUUCUGUACGAAGAUUAUGAUUUCCACUUUUUGAAAGAUUACAAACCUUGUUGCCAGAAGCAAUGCGAUUAACCAAUGCAAACUUUGGCAAAGUAAUGAGACGUAACAGAGACGUUGAAGAAUCAUUCUUGAUCUCUUCCGACCUAAGAAGGCACUGUUGUCAACUUUAUUGGAAAUGAAAUAGUUGGUAAAUACAUGGCGAGCAAACAUUAAAAAUGGAGCAACAAUUACUUUCACACCAACGGAGCACUGCAAAAAAGUCCUAGUUGGUUGUAUUGUAGACAUGAAUUCUAUAUGCGGAA